AUGGCAGAACUCUCCUCUCCGCGCAUCACAGCUCCGUAUUUGGACAGCUUUGUUGGCCGGCUCGUCACCAUUGUAGGCAAGGUCACGCAGCUUCGUGGUGACCAAGCCACCAUCGAUUCUGAUGGAAUCGUAACCGUGGUGCUUAAUCGGGAUGCUCACCUAACCAACGGCAACGCCGUUCAACUCAUUGGGAAAGUGAAUCCCGACUUGUCUAUCAAAGUGCUCAGCUCUCUAGAUGCUGGCACCGACAUUGGUAAGCCACGUCGAAGGACUCCUCAUUUGCACAAGUCGCGACUGUACUGA